AUGGGUUGUGUAAACACUAAAACCAAAAACUAUUAGAGCAGCACAUCAAUAUCUGAUUUACAUACAAUAACCUCAAAAAAUUUGACUUCCACAAAUAAAUACAAAUUUGGAAUAUCAAAAUUGCAGAAUGUAAGACAUGUAUAAACUUAUAGAUAUCACGAAGCACUAUUCUUAAGAGGAGAAACAAACUGUUUAAGUAUUCUGUUCAAGGAGAAAAUAAUAUUAAUUAUGUGUUUUUAUCUGAUUAUACUAGUAAAAUUUGA